AAUUCCUGAGUUCUGGCAAGAGGACCAGACAACGACUUCAUUUGCGUGUUCUUCUUUUUUUCUUCUCUCCUCUGUUCUCCAUCUCUGUUUCGUUGUUUUUUCACGUUUCUAUCUCUCUAUUACAGGCGCCUGGAAAAACCCUAACUUUCUGCCCCGCCGCCUCCAUGGCUGAACAGGAGCAUGACCAGAUUCAACAGGAUAAAACCUGACUUCAUUUCUAUGCGGUGGAUUUCUUAGAGCUUAGACACCUUGGAGGUUCUUCAUGAAUUGGUGAUGAAUAUAUCUAAGUUGUGUUCGAGUUUGUAACUUUAUUUUUCAGUAAGAAGAUCAAUUUGCGGCUGGAUUUCGUUGGAAUUGAUCAGUUUGAUGUGGGGGAGCAUAAUUCAUUUAGUAGUUCGGGAGACCUAUAUCUGAUUUUCUAUAGGUGCUUGAUAAUUGGGGGAGGAAGGGCUUAUCCUCCCCAAAAAUGUCAGAAGACGGCCAGAGGAUUGGUGGCCUCACUUCUGGUUUGGCUUUGAUAUUAACCAGCGAGGAUCAAAGAGAGAGUCCUCAGAAAAGCCAUCUCAUUUCAUUUUUUGAUGAUUUUGGCUACCAAUCUGUAGAAAGAACUCUUGAGCAUAUAUUUCAACUUCCUUACAAAUCCGUUCGACCAUUGCCUACUCCAUUUGAAGCAAGUCUCAUCCAUUCUAUAUUGAAGAAUGAUAUCUGCAAAUUUCGGGAUAACCAGGAUGCUGCUCUUCCUAACAGAGAUGGAAUAUGUAUUACUGAUAGUGGUUGUGGACCCCACAAUGUUACAAUUGAUGACACUAGUAUCUGCGGUGAUAUCAGGAUUAUCAAGCAACCUUUGAUCAUAGAGAGCCAAGCUAUGUUCAGCAGUGUAAGGGCGAAUGCUUGUGUAUGGAAAGGGAAAUGGAUGUAUGAAGUAAUUCUGGAAACUUCGGGAAUACAGCAGCUUGGGUGGGCUACACUUUCGUGUCCCUUCACUGAACAUAAGGGUGUAGGAGAUGCUGAAGAUUCGUAUGCUUUUGAUGGGAGGAGGGUUAGCAAAUGGAAUAAGGAGGCUGAGAGAUAUGGCCAGUCAUGGGUUGUUGGCGAUGUCAUUGGUUGCUGUAUAGAUUUGGAUCGGAAUGAAAUAUCAUUUUAUCGGAACGGUCUCUCGCUAGGAGUGGCAUUUGAUAAUGUUCGCAAGAUGGCUCCUGGACUUGGUUAUUAUCCAGCCAUUUCUCUUUCUCAGGGUGAGCGUUGCAAUUUGAAUUUUGGAGCGCACCCUUUUAAUUAUCCUAUUCAGGGGUUCUAUCCUCUUCAAAGUCCUCCCACAGUGAACUCUCUUGCCACCCACUUACUGCAAUGUUUCUUUAGGCUGUUGGAAUUACAACGGAUGGAGAAGGCUGAUUCAACCUCCGUUGAAAAAUUGGGAAGAUUGAAGAGAUUCGCGCCAAUCAAAGAACUAUUCCAACCGAUUGCUCAUGCAAUCUGUGAGGAAUUCUUCUGUGUGGUUGAUAUGGAGUUGGGAGGCAUCGAAUAUGUUUGUUGGGGUCCACUUGUAUCAUUCUUGAUGGAUGCAUUUAGAAAACAAUCGCCACACGAUUUCGAAAGCUUAGAUGGAGUUAUUGAUCUCUUUCUAGAAUUUCAAGGAUCUCGUAUGAUGUUCCAACAUGUAAUUAGUUCUCUUUCUUGCAGCUGCAAAAUAGCAACCCUGGUUCUGACAGAAUGCCCGUAUUCGGGGUCAUACUCCUAUCUUGCGUUGGUGUGUCAUAUCCUAAGACGCGAAGAACUGAUGGUACUUUGGUGGGAAUCGUCAGAUUUUGACUUCUUGUUUGAAGGGUUUCUAUCAAGGAAGGGUUUGAACAAGCAAGAUCUGCAGUGCUUGAUGCCAUCUGUUUGGUGGCCUGGAUCAUGUGAGGAUGUGUCCUAUGAAAGUUGUAUGAUGCUGACGACUGCAACUUUGUCUGGAGCAGUCAGUAAGAUUGAGGAGAUGCAUCGGAAGCUUUGUUGCUUGGUCAUAGAGUUCGUACCUCCAAUUACACCACCCCAAUUACCUGGGUCAGUUUUCAUGACAUUUUUACAGAACCUAUUAUUGAAGAAUAGAGGUGCUGAUCGCAACCUUCCACCGCCUGGAGUUUCUAGUAAUUCUGUUAUUGUUUCUCUUUAUACGGUGAUUCUCCAUUUCCUAUCUGAAGGGUUUGCAGAGGGAGACAUCUGUAGAUGGAUAAAGGGCACUGGAACAAAAGCUGGUGAUGAUGUAGGUUUUCUUCACAGGGCUGGACAGAGAAGCUUCCCUGUAGGUCUUUUCCUUAAAAAUGAUCCUCAUCGUACUGACAUUUCUCGGCUUGGUGGAUCAUUCAAUCACAUAUUGAAUUCUCACCCUGCAAAUGAUGGAGAAACCGAGGUAUUUCAGUGGGAGGAAGGUUGUAUGGAUGAUGAAGAAACAAAAGUCACACACUCCACCAGGCAAAAGCCAUGUUGUUGUUCAAGCUCUGAUAUUGAUUUCACAGGGAUUACUAAGGAUCCAAUUCAGCUCAGGUCCAAAGGAUCACGAGCUUAUUGCAGCCCCCUUCCAGAUAGAUCUACUCAUGUUGCUGCAGAGUGCAGUACUGGAAGUUUGAAUGAUGAUAUGGUCGAUAAAGCCAGUUCCAGUGACCAAUCUGAACCUGAAUUUUCUUAUCGGCCAUUGCAACAUCAUCUGAGGAAUGUACCAAAGAGGGCAAGUCAUUUGUAUUCAGCAACACUAAGAGAAGAGGAACUUUUAGAUGCUAUGCUGCUGUUGUAUCAUAUAGGUCUUGCUCCUAAUUUUAAACAGGCAUCAUACUACAUGUCUCAUCAGUCACAGUCAAUAUCUCUUCUGGAGGAAACUGACAAACAAAUAAAAGAAAAAGCUUGUAAUGAACAACUAAAGCGCUUGAAGGAGUCUCGGAAUGGUUAUCGAGAAGAAGUAAUCGAUUGUGUUAGACAUUGUGCAUGGUAUCGCAUAUCACUGUCGUCUCAGUGGAAGCAAAGAGGAAUGUAUGCAACAUGCAGGUGGAUUGUUGAAUUGCUCUUGGUUCUUAGCAAGAUGGAUUCACUGUUCAUCUAUAUCCCCGAGUUUUAUCUUGAAGCACUGGUUGAUUGCUUUCAUGCAUUGCGCAGGAGUGAUCCUCCAUUUGUUCCUUCUACCGUUUUUCUCAAACAUGGACUUGCUUCAUUUGUAACUUUUAUUGUAACCCACUUCAACGACUCACGGAUAUCGAGUGCAGAUCUAAGAGAUCUUCUUCUUCACUCUAUUUCAGUCUUACUACAAUACAAGGACUAUCUGAUUGCUUUUGAGAGUAAUGCAGCAUCUGUUCAGACUCUACCCAGAGCAUUGCUGUCAGCAUUUGACAACAGAUCUUGGAUUCCUGUAACAAACAUACUUUUGCGGCUUUUCAAAGGUUCUGGAUUUGGAUCUUCGAAGCAUGGAGAAUUAUCCUCAACUCUUUUCCAGGGCUUAUUACGGGACACAUGCAUCCAUGAUGAAGCAUUAUUCUCAGCUUUCCUUAAUCGACUCUUCAACACUCUCAGCUGGACGAUGACCGAGUUCUCUGUUUCUGUUCGAGAGAUGCAAGAAAAAUACCAGGUGUUGGAGUUGCAACAAAGGAAGUGCAUCGUCAUAUUUGAUCUGUCGUGCAAUCUUGCAAGAGUCCUGGAAUUCUGUACCCAUGAGAUCCCUCAAGCAUUCCUUGCAGGGUCUGAUAUGAACCUUCGGAGGUUGACUGAGUUGGUUGUGUUUAUUUUGAACCACGAAACUUCAGCGGCGGAUGCUGAAUUUUUUGACAUCAGGCCACUUAGAAGACUGGGCCAAUCUCAAGAGAAAAUAAACCGAGGAAUGAUCUUAGCGCCUCUUGUGGGGAUUAUCUUGAAUUUGCUGGAUGCUAGUCUUGAUCCCGAAUUCCAGAAUGAUCUUCUGGCAGUGUUUGCUAGCAUGGACUGCCCUGUUACUGUUCAGUGUGGAAUCCAGUACCUAUUGGAGUACAACUGGGCUGGAUCCUUGAGAGGAAACCCUUCUUCAACAAGACUCAGGCAGCUUGAGCAAUUCUCAGGCCUCCUUAGAAGCAGGACAGAAUCAAGGGAAGCAGAGAAGUUGAUUUCUAGUGGUGAGGCCGAGGAUGAUGAUGAUGACCAGUGCUGCAUCUGCUAUACUUCUGUGGCAGAUGCUUGGUUUGAACCAUGCUCUCAUACAUCAUGCUAUGGCUGCAUAACUAGGCACCUUCUAAACUGUCAAAGGUGUUUCUUUUGCAAUGCUGUAGUCCUGGAAGUGCACAGGAAUGAUGAGAAGACACUGUAAUGACUGGUAGAAUUCAUCUGGAUUAGCUGUGUUGCGAAUCUGGUUGUCGAUCCUUUGGCCAAUUGAGGCAUCAACAAACAGAAUGCAGUGAGGAGUUUCAGAUCUGACAGUUGUGAUCCAAACGAAGUUAUCACAAGAUGGUUGAUCUCAGAUCUAGGUGCUGAAAUUGUUGUUCUAUUAAAUGUAUAUAAGGAAAUGGGUUCAAAAGUUGUACCAAGCUGGCUAAAAUUAUUGGCAGUGUUUGGGUUCAUGAGGAAUUUUUGUAGAGAGCAGAGGGCAUUAUUCUGUAUAUACGGGAUGUAAAAUGGAAGGAAAAAGGAAAUCUUUCGGCUCUC